ACCGUGGUCGACGCAUGCACCUGCGAGAAGGACGUUGGAGUCAGUCCCUAAUCGUCUGCAUGGUGGUCGCCAGCCACCCUGCCAAUCUGCACGAGCGCCAGCCAGCCAGCCAGCCAGCCAGCCAGCGAACUGCUCUUUCUUAUCUGCAAGCAGGAUUUCCAAAUAUUUCCAAGUCCAGCUCCCCGGGGGACCUCAGUGGAUUUUACCAUUCUGAUGCUCUUGUUGGUCUGAUUGUUGGAGCGAUGGAGCAACGAGAGAGCAGCAGAUCCCACGUCUGCUUCAUUGGCCAGUGUGAAACAUGAAGGAGAAGGUUCUGCUCGAGAGGACUCGUUUCCAGCCAUGAAUCACGAGAGCCUGCGCGCCCGCACAAGUGUAAAAAGCACAAGAAUCCAAACGUUAGCUUUGUGUCUCAGGAGGAACGCAAAGGCCUGCCAGCUACGGGACAAUUUCCCAAUGUGAUCGGCCUCCAAUAGACUGUUAGCCGCAACGACUGUUAUCCCUCUCUCGUCGCUUUAGAUACACCUUUUGCUAUUUAUUUGACUCCCUCCCUCCCUCCCUCCGGCCAGCGGUCGGUCGGCCAAUUGGUCCGAACUCUCUGUGGGAUUAUUGCAUUUUUCUGCAAGUAUGGAUCUCCUGAGUUUUUGUAUCCAGCUGCAGGUGCUCCUCUGCACAUGCACGGGACUGCAAUUUGUAGGCCUACCGGGUCAGUGGGCCCGUUACCUCCGCUGGGACGCCAGCGUCCGCGGCGAUCUCAGCUUCCAGUUCAAGACGCAGUUCUCCGAGGCGCUGCUGCUCUACUUUGACGACGGAGGCUACUGCGACUUUCUGCAGCUGGCCGUGGCCGAGGGUCGGCUUCAGCUCCGUUUCGGCAUCGACUGCGCCGAAACCACCGUCGUGUCCGACGCCAGGGUGGACGACGACAUUUGGCACUUUGCCGCUCUCAGCAGGUAUAACCUGCGCACGGUUCUAGCGCUGGACGGACGGGCCAAAGCGGACCAAGUGCGGCCUCAGCGCCAGUUCAUGAAAAUCGUCAGUGACCUGUUCUUGGGCGGAGUGCCCCAGGAUAUCCGCAGCGGCGCGCUCACGCUGCCGACCGUGCGCAACAUGCAGCCUUUCCGGGGCGCCAUCGCAGACCUGAAAUAUGGCAAGUCCCAACCCCUGUUCCUGGGAAGCCUUAAAGUGCCCUUGGAGUCGGAGGGCCGCUGCACCGUCAACCCGUGCGAGAACGGCGGCACGUGCACCGUGGCGGCGGCGGACGGACAGCCGCUCUGCGAUUGCUCCAAAACACAAUACCAGGGCCGCUUCUGCACACGAGAGAUCAGCAGCAAAGCACCAGCAAGGGAAGAGAACGUGGCCACAUUCCGUGGUUCGGAAUACUUCUGCUACGACCUCUCUCAGAACCCAAUCCAAAGCAGCAGCGACGAGAUCACGCUCUCGUUCAAGACUUGGCAGCGCAACGGCCUUAUCCUUCACACUGGGAAAUCGGCCGACUACGUCAACUUGGCCUUGAAGGACGGCGCCGUCUCCCUUGUGAUCAACUUGGGUUCCGGAGCCUUUGAAGCAAUCGUUGAGCCGGUCAACGGCAAAUUCAACGACAAUUCCUGGCACGAGGUCAAAGUGACUCGCAACCUUCGGCAGGUAACAAUUUCAGUGGAUGGGAUUUUAACCACCACGGGUUAUACCCAAGAGGACUACACCAUGCUUGGCUCCGAUGACUUUUUCUAUGUUGGGGGAAGCCCUAGCACCGCUGACCUGCCUGGAUCACCUGUGAGCAACAACUUCAUGGGCUGUCUCAAGGAGGUGGUGUACAAGAACAACGACAUCCGCCUGGAGUUGUCCCGACUGGCUCGGGUUGUUGACCACAAGAUGAAGAUCCAAGGCGAGGUGUCCUACAAGUGUGAAAAUGUGGCUACGCUGGACCCCAUUUCUUUUGAGACUCCAGAGGCCUACAUCAGCUUACCCAAGUGGAACACCAAGCGGAUGGGCUCCAUCUCGUUUGAUUUUCGCACGACGGAGCCCAACGGCCUCAUCCUCUUCACCCACGGCAAACCGCAAGAGCGCAAAGAUGCGGCGGGCAGGAGCCAGAAGAACACCAAGGUGGAUUUCUUUGCUGUUGAGCUGUUGGAUGGAAGUCUGUACCUGCUGUUGGACAUGGGCUCAGGAACCAUCAAGGUGAAGGCCACUCAAACAAAGGUCAACGACGGCGCCUGGUAUCACGUGGAUAUCCAGAGGGACGGUCGCUCAGGUACCAUCUCUGUCAACAGCAGAAGGAGCCCAUUCACUGCAAGCGGCGAGAGCGAAAUCCUUGACCUGGAAGGCGACAUGUACUUGGGGGGGCUCCCCAGCGAUCGCACCAACCUCAUUUUGCCCACCGAGCUGUGGACGGCCAUGCUCAACUACGGCUACGUGGGCUGCGUCCGCGAUCUCUUUAUCGACGGUCGAAGCAAAGACAUCCGUCAGAUCGCCGAGGCGCAAAACGGUGCCGGGAUCAAGCCUUCCUGCAACAAGCAAGCCGGCAAGCAGUGCGAGAGUUACCCCUGCAAGAACCGAGGCGCCUGCAAAGAAGGCUGGAAUCGAUUCAUCUGCGACUGCACCGGCACCGGUUAUUGGUCUCGCACUUGUGAGAGAGAGGCCUCCAUCCUCUCCUACGACGGCAGCAUGUAUAUGAAAGUAGUGAUGCCAAGCGUCACGCACACUGAGGCAGAGGACGUGUCGCUGCGUUUUCGCUCGCAGAGGGCUUACGGCCUCCUCAUGGCCACCACCUCCCGAGACUCGGCCGACACGCUCAGGCUGGAGUUGGACGGAGGCCGCGUCAAACUCACCGUCAAUCUAGACUGUAUCAGGAUAAACUGUAACUCCAGCAAAGGACCGGAGACGCUGUAUGCCGGGCAAAAGCUCAAUGAUAACGAAUGGCAUACGGUACGGGUGGUGCGUCGCGGCAAAAGCUACAAGCUAAUCGUUGACGAUGAUGUAGCAGAAGGCCAAAUGGUGGGUGACCACACACGUCUGGAGUUCCACAACAUUGAAACGGGCGUCAUGACCGAGCGCAGAUUUGUUUCCAGCAUCCCGUCCAGCUUCAUUGGUCAUCUGCAGAGCCUCAGAUUCAAUGGCAUGCUCUACAUCGACCUGUGCAAAAACGGCGACAUUGAUUUUUGCGAGCUCAACGCCCGCUUUGGGAUCCGUUCCAUUAUCGCUGACCCGGUCACCUUUAAAUCCAAGAGUAGCUAUCUGAGCCUGGCCACCCUCCAGGCCUACGCCUCCAUGCACCUCUUCUUCCAGUUCAAGACCACCUCCGCCGACGGCUUCAUCCUAUUCAACUCGGGAGAUGGCAGUGAUUUUAUUGCGGUAGAGCUGGUGAAAGGAUACAUCCAUUAUGUCUUUGACCUGGGAAAUGGGCCCAAUUUGAUCAAGGGCAAAAGUGAAAGAGCCCUGAAUGACAACCAGUGGCACAACGUGGCCAUCACCCGAGACAACAGCAACACUCAUACCCUCAAAGUGGAUGCGAUAGCCACGAUUCAGAGCAUCAAUGGGGCCAAGAACUUGGACCUGAAAGGCGACCUUUUCAUCGCUGGAUUGGGUCCUGGCAUGUAUGGUAGUCUUCCCAAACUGGUGGCCUCCAGAGAGGGUUUCCAAGGCUGCUUGGCUUCAGUGGACCUCAACGGGCGUCUGCCAGACCUCAUCAGCGACGCCUUGUUUCGUAGCGGGCAGAUUGAGCGUGGAUGUGAAGGUCCCAGCACCACCUGUCAGGAGGACUCGUGUGCCAACAUGGGGAUUUGCAUCCAGCAGUGGGAGAACUACACGUGUGACUGCUCCAUGACCUCCUACACUGGGACGCAGUGCAAUGACCCUGGGACCACAUACAUCUUUGGCAAAGGAGGAGGCCUCAUAACGUUCAAGUGGCCGGCCAACGAGAGACCGAGCACCAGGACCGACAGGCUGACUGUUGGCUUUAGUACCUCGCUCAAAGACGGCAUCCUCGUCAGGAUCGACAGUGCUCCGGGUCUGGGCGACUUUCUCAUGCUUCACAUCCAACAAGGCAAAAUUGGCGUGACGUUCAACAUUGGGACGGUGGAUAUCAGCGUCCAAGAGAGCAGCACCCCGGUCAAUGAUGGAAAGUAUCACGUGGUCCGCUUCACCCGAAACGGUGGCAACGCGACGCUGCAGGUUGAUAACUGGUCCAUCAAUGAACACUUUCCAACAGGGAACAGUGACAUUGAACGGGUUCAGUUGGCCAAUAAGAAAAUUCCUUUCAAGUACUCCAGGCCAGUAGAAGAAUGGCUCCAAGAAAAGGGACGCCAGCUAACCAUAUUCAACACUCAAGCCACGGUGGCAAUCGGCGGAAGCGAUCGUGGCCGGCCGUUUCAGGGCCAACUCUCUGGUCUUUAUUACAAUACCCUCAAGGUGUUGAACAUGGCUGCGGAGAGCAACCCCAAUGUCAAGAUCAAUGGGAGCGUGAGGCUGGUGGGCGAUGUCCCCACCGGGGCAGGCUCCACCAAGUCCACUGCCGUGCCUUCAGAUGUCUCCACUAACUUCAUUGAGACCACUACCACCAUGUCCACCACCACCACCCGGAAACACAGGUCCUCUUCAACGAAGCAUCCAACGGAUGACAUAGUGUCAUCUGCCGAGUGUUCCAGCGACGAUGAAGACCUGGAGGAGUGUGAAACGGCACUUCCCACAGAAGCAGGCGUCAGGCCGGGGCCUUCGGAAGUAGUCCGGGAAUCAAGCAGCACCACCGGGAUGGUCAUCGGAAUAGUGGCGGCCGCCGCCCUGUGCAUCCUCAUCCUUCUUUAUGCCAUGUAUAAGUACAGGAACAGGGACGAAGGCUCCUACCAGGUGGACGAGAGCAGGAACUAUAUCACCAACUCGGCACAGAGCAACGGUACCGUGGUCAAGGACAAACAGCAGAGCUCCAAAGGCAGCAAGAAAAAGCAGAAGAACAAGGAUAAGGAGUAUUACGUGUGAGCUCGACCACGGCGAGCGCGAGCGCUCGUGACAGAGGACGGACGGACGGUGUGGAACGAAGGGAACUUCCGUCGUCUUUGACUGUGCCGAGGAGCCCGACCGCUGACGUGUACACUUACUACAUCCAAAGCACACUUCACUUGUGUCAGCAUACAGAGGAGGCUUAUUAGCGACUUUAGAGACCUGACUUACUACUCUCUAUCCGUAUAGAACAGCUACACCAUUCUCCUAAGUGACUGCAAUGUGAUUGAUCUGUGACAAAAAAACAAAAAAUAUUUUCUACCUUACAAGACGGACGGACGGACGGCUUGACCACGAUGGGCAUGGAAGCAACUCAUACAGAAGAAGGGGUCGAACCGAGCCUUGUUCAAGUUCCAAAAAAGGACACUUCCAAAUUUGUAUGGUUUCUAAGUAAUAAUAGUGUGGUGUCUUUUUUAUUUUUGCUUUGAGCAAAAGAAAAGUGGAGGUCCAAACAAGAAAGCAUCUCUCUCUCUGUGUUUCAAAUGAAGUCACGUGAGCAAAUGGACAGCCGCUGGCUCCCUCUGUUCGCGUUCAAAUGGUGUGAUUGUUUGGCACACAAAGUUGUGGGGGUGAAGAGAAAAAAAAAAAAGCAAAUGAUUGUAAAAUGCAUGUCAGUCUAACUUACACUACAACAGUCAAGUUCUAUCCCAUUUGAGGCAAAAGGGCUCACCAUGGGAGCAAAGACAAGUCCUCCUUGCCUCCCUCCCUCCCUCCCAGGCAAAAUUUGAGCUAGCCUCCUACUAUUUGUGCACAAGCGAGUGGCGUUCUGAUCUUUUUGCAAAACUCUACCCGAGUUGAUUGUUCUCUUUUUCUAUGGAGGUGUGAGGAGAAAGACAGAUGCAGUACUAAAACCUUGUUCCAAACGCAAAACAAUCCAAUGGUGUGAAUUGUAAUCUAUUGUCACACUCAACUGUGUCAAAAAAAGACAUUUGUUUACAUAUUUUAUUACAUGCUCGCUGUUGUACUUUGUAGGUCGUCAAUUGUACAUAUAUAUAUAUACCAUAUAUGAUGGUGGUCAUUUUUAGUACCUCUAUUGUACAGACUGAACAUGAGCAGAUUUCAUGACAAAGUCCAUCAACGCUGAGAAAAAGAAUGUGGAGAAUACUAUUGCUAUUUCGUAAAUAUAUAGACAUAUAUAUCGAGAUAUAUAUAUAUAUAUACAAAUUGUAUUGGUAGCCUAGAGAUCAAAGCAGAGCUGUUUCUAAAGUUGCAUGAAUAUUUACCAACUUGCAGUGUUUCAACAAAAUAAGGUGCCCUUCUGUAUCACGGCAAAACUGU